CCCGGGAAAAAUUUCACCAAGAACAAGAAAGAAAAAUCAAGUUAGCCAAAUUUCACGAGGAAAGAGGGAAAGAGGGUUGUUCGUGCUAUGAUUGUAAAGAAAAAAAAGAAAUUCGCCGUGAGGUUAAACAAAGAUACGAUGCCUACUGGCAAGAGAAAGAAAAACCGGGCGAAAGAGAGGAAGUGGAAAACGAAUACGGGGAGUGCUACGAAAAUAAGAUGGUGAGUGUUGAGAGUGGACUUUGUCGGAAGUGUGAACGAGAAUUAGAAAAAAAGGCAUAA